UUGUAACUUAGAAAUGGCGGACUGCGACAAGAAAACUCUUUCCAUGUCAGAUUCAAGUUCACAGAGUACAGUCCUGAGUGGCUCUGAAAAUACGGUUAUUAUGCAGGAGCAUCCACCCAAAGAAGAGGAUAAAAAAGAAGAAAACAAUGAAUCUGAAGUCUAUCCUGGAAUUGGAGAUUAUUAUCUUGUUAUGCGUCCAGACAAUACAUGGCAUGCAGCUGAAAUUAUUCAAACUCGAAGCAAUGAGAAUGCAGGAAGACAUGAAUAUUAUGUUCACUAUGAAGGAUUUAAUCGUCGAUUGGAUGAAUGGGUUAAUGUUGAUCGAUUUGAUCUCCAGACCAAACUCGAAGACCAGCAGAACAAAGGCAAAGAUUUAUCAAUUACUCUCACAGAUCUUAGUGAUGGUACUGACCGUAAAAUCACACGGAACCAGAAACGUAAACAUGAUGAAAUAAAUCAUGUCCAGAAAACAUAUGCUGAGAUGGACCCAACAACUGCAGCUCUUGAAAAGGAACAUGAAGCGAUCACAAAAGUCAAGUAUAUUGACAAAAUACAGAUUGGAAAAUAUGAAAUAGAUGCCUGGUAUUUUUCACCUUACCCUGAAGAAUAUGGAAAACAACCCAAAUUAUGGAUUUGUGAAUAUUGUUUAAAAUACAUGCGUUUGGAAAAAUCUUAUCGAUAUCAUCAGAGUCAGUGCACAUGGCGCUAUCCUCCAGGAAAAGAGAUUUACCGGAAAGGAACUAUAUCUGUUUUUGAAGUGGAUGGAAAAGAUAGUAAAAUCUACUGUCAGAACUUAUGUCUUCUAGCAAAAUUGUUUCUUGAUCACAAAACCUUAUACUUUGAUGUGGAACCAUUUCUUUUUUAUAUUCUCACUGAAGUUGACAGACAAGGUUGCCAUUUAGUUGGUUACUUCUCAAAAGAAAAAGAGAGCCCUGAUGGAAACAAUGUAGCUUGCAUCUUGACAUUACCACCAUUUCAACGGAAAGGCUAUGGCAAAUUCUUAAUAGCAUUCAGUUAUGAAUUAUCCAAGCUUGAGAUGACAGUUGGAUCACCUGAAAAACCAUUAUCAGACCUUGGAAAACUGAGUUAUCGAAGUUACUGGUCAUGGGUCCUUCUUGAAAACUUACGAGAUUUUCGUGGGACUUUAUCAAUUAAAGAUCUCAGUCAAAUGACAAGUAUAACACAGAAUGAUAUAAUCAGUACUUUACAGUCAUUAAACAUGGUGAAAUAUUGGAAAGGGCAGCAUGUGAUUUGUGUCACUCCUAAAUUAGUUGAGGAACAUUUGAAAAGUGCACAGUAUCGUAAACCUGUGUUGAUGGUUGAUCCUUCUUGUCUGAGAUGGGAGCCUCCUCGGAAAAUGCCAAAAACAACUAAGAAAUGAAUUAUCAACAUCUUUUAUUAGUCAGGAAUUUGGAAACUAAGAUAUUAUUGUCAUAAUUAGUCAAUAUAUCGAGACUCGCUUUUUAAACUUUAUGAGCAGAAGGGGGGUGGUAAGAACUCAAACUCAGCAUUUACAGACUAACUUGAUAUUACAUAGAAAUAUAUGACAUCUGUUGACAGCUCCACAAAAAGUUUUACUGCUUAAGGAACAUUCUUUGUUUAUUCUGAGAUGUACUUUCCAUUUACUUUUAUGGCACCUCAGUUUGAUAAAGUCCAUUGCAUAUAUUAAGUUGCUGAUAUUUCAAGAGGCCCGAUACCUAAAAAGAAAGAUGCUAAGAAGAAAUUUAUAUUUAAAAAAAAAAUAUUUUAGCAACAAGAAAAUGUUAUUUCCAACUACACAACAUUUCUUCAAUUUGUUUAAAUUCUGUGAUAAAAUUUUCAACUUUGGCUGUAAAUUUAGCAUAUACAAGCUGAACCCUGGGGCUUCUUUGUUUUUGCAGCCCCUUGAAGGAAACAGUUUAAUGUUUGAUACUGAAGCCACUGAAUCUUCCUAUGGGAUUACCUAAACACUACAUGUAGAUUCUUACUGUUUGUAAAGUCUUUGUGUUGAAGAACUCAAAAUAACGGAAAGGAAACAGGAUAAAGAAAUUAUUUUCCAGUUUACCUAUCAUGGAAAAAAAAAACCAGCUGUUUUUUAUGAUUACAUCUUUUCAUUUUUACUUUAUUGGUAAAUAAAGUUUCAUCUUACAUCAAAUCUUCAUGUUCAAAUAAUCAAA